UUCUAGGAUGAUGCUGUGAAUGUUGCUAUUUCGGUGAAUGGUUUUAGUGCUAACGGAUGCACCAUCACCACCCAUUCAGAAGGUUGGAGAGCCGAAGCGGCACAUAUGGAUUUGCUGCAAGUAGGGACUUGAGUGCGGAGUAAGAGUAUUCUUAUCCUGCAACCACUCUGGAAAUAAGUUGAAGUCUUUCACAAGCAACGAAGGAUCGCAUCUUCCCCUUAACUCAACCACUCGCACACGAGAUCUAGUCAGGGGCGCGGUUAAGGUUCGCUUUGUCUGAUGAUCGUUCAUCCCACGACACGACCCACCUGUUUCUCUUCACUUGGCUGCUCUUCUCACUUCUUAUACCAGAACGAGUAAACAAACACUCAACUUGCUCUCGAGAUUGAUUUGGGUGACACCGUUGACACGACCCGACGCGGCAACGGUCGAGGAAAUCUACAGCGCAGCACAGCCAGCAAUACCUCCGUACUGUACAGGCCACAGCGGCACCACUGCUUCAACGUCAUCGGCAGAUAGAUUAUCUCAACUGCGCCUCUUGCCGGUUUUGUAGGGAACGAGGCCCCUGUCGUUCGUGUCUGAAACGUCACUCUCCCCCCUUGGCACUUGCAUCAGCACUGAACACAGAACACCACCACCAGAAACAGCAGCACUGAGCAAGCGGAAUCCCUGUGGAUCCCUGUGGUCACCUCAACGGGGGAAUAGCGGGAAGCGACAGCACUUGGAUAUCCUUCGAAUGAAACAAGUCUUCUAGGGGCGAAUCUCCCACCAGGACCACCACCACCACCACUACAGUGACCGCAGUGACCACUACACCACUUCUCCCAGUAAAACUAAAAACUGCCCACCGUGCCCGCCGACCGUCAUUCGCAUCGCGUCUAAUUUUGGUCCAUCUGGUCUUUUGCGCAUUAUCCAGAGACCCAAAGACCACCAUCCCCAAUCCUCACCAACCCUUCUUCCUCGCAACCUCCCAAACUCAAAAGAACUUCGGACGAAAACAAAUUUGUGCUGCGCACUGAGGGGCAUCGUCACGUCAAACGAAGGGAGAAACCAGAAACGAAUCAUCUACGCCCAUUGAGUUCAAGUAUUCAACAUCUGCUGCAGCCACCUGCGCAUACAUUCCUCUCCUGCCCCCUCGGAGAAUCACGACCCUCCCCUUUUGGGAACAUCUCAAACCAUGUCAUACAAUCGACUAGGUACGUGAUACUUUGGAUUUCUGCAAUCCCCUAUUUGUGAAUGUUGUGAAGGUUUCGUGGAAAUUUGUCCGUGUUUUGUCCUGAUCAUAUCUAAUUUCCCGCUUCCCUCCAUCAAACACGCCACUUCAAAACAGCGAGAGGAAGAUUCUUGGAGCGACGCAGGCCGACAUCUUUCUCUUAAGCAUUCUACAGACUCUGGGAGUCGGCAACUCUUCGUUCGCGAAAAGCGCGUCGUGUUGUUUUCAGUAGCUUUCUAACCGCUCUUUCACCUAUAGAUCAUCCUGGCCAAGGCCGUCAAGACGAAUACUACGAUAUGCAGAAUCACCCAGGUCGAACUCCAUCGCCGGGCGAUCCAAGACAUCACGGCUAUCAACUGGAGGAUUCCGCGCCCUUAUAUGGAGGCAGACCGGCUGGCUCUCCCGCUCCUCAGAAUCUCGAGAUUCCAAUGGGUCCUGGAAGAUAUGGCACACCAAGCGAUCGGUUGCAGGCACAACCUACUGUAAGUUCCUAUGGUGCUCUGGGAAUAUGCUAAAUCGAGAGGAUACGCGCUGAUUUCUUGAGAUAGUACUCUGUAGAGAACAUCAAUAACUCGUACGGACAUAAUGAAGAAUUUGAGCAACAUCACCCCCUCGAUCCCACCCAAAACUACCAGCAAGGUUUUGCCAUAAACCCACAACAACACCAAGAUGCCUACUACCAGCAACCUUAUCAACCAACUCCAGUCGGCCAUGGUCAACCAGGGUAUUUUGACGAUGACGACAACCGACCUAUGCUUCAGUCAGACACUAGCUACGGGCCAGAUCCACAUCAAAUGGAUGAAGAAUAUAAAGAUUAUGAUGGAGCGGCGACGCCUUCACCAAUGCCUGGCCCGGGGCUUAAGAGAUACAAGACUGUCAAAGAAGUACAAUUGUUCAACGGAAACCUCGUACUUGAUUGUCCCAUACCUCCAAAGCUUCUAAAUAUGGUUCCACACGCCCAACCACCAGAGCGAGAUGAGUUCACACAUAUGCGAUAUACAGCAGCCACAUGUGACCCAGGAGAAUUUUUCGAGGAGCGAUUUACCCUACGUCAGAAACUUUUCGCGAAGCCUCGGCAUACAGAACUCUUUAUCGUAGUCACCAUGUAUAACGAAGACGAUGUUUUAUUUGCACGAACGAUGAGCGGUGUUUUCAAAAAUAUCGAGUAUAUGUGUUCGCGAAAAGACAGUAAGACAUGGGGCAAAGAUGCCUGGAAGAAGAUUGUGGUUUGUGUGGUGAGCGAUGGUCGUGCUAAGAUCAACCCAAGAACAAGAGCUGUUUUGGCAGGAAUGGGUGUUUACCAAGAUGGUAUUGCCAAGCAAAAGGUUAAUGGAAAGGACGUGACGGCCCAUAUCUACGAAUAUACGACACAGGUAUCGAUAGGAGUGAAGAAGGAUAUUGUUGAGCUACGACCAAAGCAGCAACCAGUACAGAUGCUAUUCUGCUUGAAGGAAAAGAAUCAAAAGAAGAUCAACUCUCACAGAUGGUUCUUUUCCGCAUUUGGUCGUGUUCUGGAUCCAAAUAUCUGUGUUCUGCUCGAUGCAGGUACCAAACCAGGGAAAGACUCGAUUUACCAAUUAUGGAAAGCUUUUGACUUGGAGCCCAUGUGCGCAGGAGCUUGUGGAGAGAUCAAGGCCAUGUUGGGAACGGGAGGAAAGAAUUUAAUCAACCCCUUGGUCGCAACUCAGAACUUUGAGUAUAAGAUGAGUAACAUUCUCGAUAAGCCACUGGAAUCCGCAUUUGGUUUCAUUUCGGUUUUACCAGGAGCUUUCUCAGCUUACCGUUAUGUUGCCUUGCAAAACGACAAAGCCGGAAAUGGACCUCUUGAAAAGUACUUUGCAGGAGAGAAGAUGCACGGCGCCAAUGCUGGUAUCUUUACAGCCAAUAUGUAUCUUGCAGAAGAUCGUAUUCUCUGUUUCGAGUUGGUCUCAAAGCGAAAUUGUCACUGGAUUCUUCAAUAUGUGAAAUCUGCUACUGGAGAAACCGAUGUCCCUGAUCAAAUGGCUGAACUUAUCCUGCAACGGCGAAGAUGGUUGAACGGUAGUUUCUUCGCCGCAGUUUACGCCCUGGCCCACGGUUACCAAAUUUUCCGAAGUGGACACAGCUUUUUCCGCAAACUUGCGUUCUUGCUUGAAUUCACAUACCAGACCCUUAAUAUGAUCUUUGCUUGGUUCCAACUAGGUAACUUCUUUCUGGUUUUUCACAUCUUGACUAAAUCGCUUGGUGGUCCUGACCUGUUGGGUAAUGUUGGUGUUAUACUUGGAGUCGUCUUCGAAUGGUUAUACGGAGUUACGCUUCUCACCUGUUUUGUUCUGGCUCUUGGAAAUCGACCUCAAGGAUCCAAUUUCGCUUAUAUGUCUAUGGUUUAUUUCUGGGCUAUCAUCAUGAUGUAUGUAUCUCCCAAGCUCUCUAUACGUGUGGUUACUCAUGUUCAUUCUUAGAUAUUUGAUGUUCGCUUCGAUAUUCAUCACCGUAAAGUCGAUCCAGGUGGAAGUCGCAGAUGGCCAGUUUACUGUCGACGACAUCUUCAAGAACAAAACUUUCUACACUCUGAUCAUCUCGUUGGCUUCAACAUAUGUCCUCUGGUUCAUCUCAUCCUUUCUCUUCUUUGAUCCAUGGCACAUGUUUACCUCAUUUGCUCAAUAUCUCCUCCUUACACCAACUUACAUCAACAUUCUCAACGUCUACGCUUUCUGUAACACCCACGAUAUCACCUGGGGAACCAAAGGAGACGACAAAGCCGAGAAACUGCCCUCAGCGACCCUCAAGCCUGGUGGAAAAGUCGACGUCAACAUCCCCACCGACGACCAGGAUCUCAACGCCCAAUACGAAGCCGAAAUGCGCAAGAUCGUUAGCAAAGCACCCGAAGAGGUGCGCGAGAUUUCCGCAAGCGAGAAGCAAGAGGAUUAUUACAAGGGCUUCCGUAGUCGUGUCGUUAUCUUCUGGCUUCUCUGUAAUUUCGGACUGGUGGCCACCGUCCUCAGUACGGCCGGUCUGUCGCGACUGAGUACUGGGAAGGAUGCCGAGGCUCAGGAGACGCUGAAGAGUGAUAUUUAUAUGGCGGUUGUGUUGUGGUCUGUUGCUGCACUGUCGGCCUUCAAGUUCAUUGGGGCGAUGUGGUUCUUGGUUGUUAGGAUGUUUAGGGGGGUGUAAAGGGGGUGGAGAAGUUGCAUAUUUUCGUAUAUGCAUUGGGAUGGAUGGAUUGAUACCAAGUGUCCAUUCUGUAUUGUUUGUUUGUUGGUAUACCUUGUAGUGUAUAGGAUAGGUCCUUUUUUUUUCUUCACGCGGGAGUUGGAUUUUCUUUUUCGCCGAUUUUAUGAGCAUGACUUGCCCUAUUGUAUGGGGAUCAGUGUGGUGGUGGAAGAAGGGGCGAGGGCAUAGCAUAUGGAUGUGGAUGGAUGGAUGUAUGAUGAAAGUAGAAGAUCAAUAUACCCCCCCAUUGUUAAUUUUGUUUUGAUGAGUUCUUUUUUGUUGAGAGGUGAGAGGGGAGGGGGGGGAUAAUGAAUUGAGAUCGUUAAGAGAAGAAAAAAUUCGUUGUCUUGAUUUGUUGUGUUUUGCUUGUAUUUUGCUUGUAGACCUGGUUCAGGAGGUAGUUGUAGAUGUAGUAGAGUGGAGUGGAGGAGGGGUGGGUUAGGGUAGGGUAGAGUACCACAUAAUUAUUUUGCUUCUACGAGUAGGGUUGAUAGAUGGAGAUAGUGUGUUAGGAAAGGGGUAGAAAGGUGGAUGGAUAAUGGUUAGAGUUAGAGACUUAAAGUAGAAUAGAAUAUCUACAUCAUUUAGGUACCCUCCACGGGUUAUAUACUUACUUACUUACCUAUCUACUCAGCUACUUACCUACCUACUACUAGGAAAGUAAAGUAAAGGAAAAUAA